CUACAACAAUUGCUGGUUGUUAGUUUUUCCCCGAAAGUGCACAGUGGACUAGAUCUUUCAUUCUGUGAUUUGGUUUAGGUACGACAAGAACCAAGUGAACCGACUAAUCACACCCACAUCACAAUCUUCUAAACGAUUUUCUUGUCUAAUAAACAAAGAAAAAGGAGCACCAAAUCUUAGACUGUUUGCUUUGCUAUGAACUUCCAAACACUUGCUUAAAGUCAAUGCACCUACUGUUCAUCUCUGCUCUUCUUCUGUGGAUCUGAGUCACUGCUGCUACCUCACUUGCAGUUGCUGAUAGGUUGAUCAAUGCUGAGAAAUAAAAGCCUCAGAAUUCAGAACCAAACAAGUGUUAUUUAUGUCUGCUACCGACGAUAUUCGAAAAGAUUGACUAGAAUUUCCAAGACCAUAAUAUGCCUCAAGACGGCCUGAGAUCAGCUGUGUACAGAUCAUUUGUCACAUGUGAUGAUCCAAAAGGAGUUGUUGAUUGUGGGAUGCUUAGAAAAUCCAAAAGUGGUUCCCAGAAAAUAGAGCAGAAGAUGGAAAACAGAAGAAAGUCCAAGAACUCAAGCACAUCUUUGGAUAUCAAGACAGGGAAGCAUGAGAUGAUCCCUGAAAAGUGCACAGGGGAGUUUCAAAACCCAUCUUCUUUUCAGCUUAUGGAAGUAUCUAGAGGAGCUCAGAAGCUGAACCGCACGAUUGAUUCUUGGUCCAGUGGGAAGAGGUUUGAUGGGCAGCCUAAAGACAUUGCAAAGGAUUUGCUCAAAGGAGCUCUUGAUCUGCAAGAGUCUCUUGCCAUGCUUGGCAAGUUGCAGGAAGCAUCACAGUACAUGGCUCACUUGAACAAGAAACACACAGAAAAGUCUGAAAGAGGAAGAAACAAUGGACUGGAGACUCACAGAGCUUACUCAAAUCAUUAUGGAGAUCACAAUUAUGUGACAGAAUUUCAAAAGCCUAGGCUUUCUGCUGAUGGGUCUUCAAGGAGUUGUACUGAGGAACUUAAGAAGGUGAUCAAGGACAGCCUUGUAAAACAGAAACUGGUGGAAGAUACAACUUCUGUUGAAAAACCUUAUACUUUUUUCCCUCAAAGAUAUAUGGAUUCAUGUUCAGACUCUCCCUCCACCAGCUCAAGCCAAUCUUCCAUGUUUCAUACCACUAGUGACUCCACCAUAGCAUCAGCUCCUCCACAGAAGGCUAAAGGCGGCCCGAAUCUGAUUGCCAAGCUGAUGGGUAUAGAAGAGUACCCUUUACAGGCCACUCUCAAGAAACAGUUGGAGGAGGGUGAGAAGAUUUCUAGUCAGCAGAGAACUAUGUUUGAUAUUGAUAGGCCAAAGGUGAGAAAGCCUCAAACUUUAGCUCAAAAUGUUGAUCAUGAAAGGAGGACCUUGAGGGAAGUUCUUGAGACGAUGCGAUUUAAAGGACUUCUGAAAGGCAAUUAUGUUCAAGAGCAUAAGCCUGAUUUCCAUCAUUCCCAUCACUCCCAUCACUCUGAUUCUGAAAAACGAUUCACUUAUGACAGUCCACCUAUUGUACUUAUAAGGCCUCUUCCUGAUCCAUCUCUUGAAUUGGAGAAGCCCCAUGCACCAUUGGCUCGGGCAGAGGAAGCUUUCUACACCAAAAAGAUGCGAAAAAAACUGGGGAGAAAAGAAGAGUUUUGUCCCAAAACAAUCCAUUGUAAAGAAGGAGCUUUGAAGUCUGACAAAACGCACCCAAAAGUGGAAGCAGAAAGCAAAAGGGUUAACCAUGAAGAAAGAGCUAAAAACCAUAAAGUGGCAGUAGAGAAACCUGAAGAAAAAGAAGUCAAGACAAAAGAAAAGGCUUCAAGAAAGUUGAAAGCUUCUCAUCCUGUAGAUCACAAACCACAGAAAAAGGAGGCAAUUGACAAGAAGGUUGAUAGGAUCCAAAAGGUGACUGCUGUUAGGAAUUCACCUGAAAAAGAUAUGGUGAAAGCUAAAAAGCCAAAGUCUCAAGAUCAAGACAAAUUGACAUCUACAAGGGCGAGAAAGCAUGAAUCUGGAUCAAACAUCAUGAAGAAUCAAACUUCCCGACUACCAAAUACUAUGACAAACACAAUCUCAAAACGUUCUACUCAGACUAUAGUGUCUAACUCCACAGAGCGGAAAAGGAAUCACUUAAAGAAGGAGAAGCCAGUCAAAGAGCCUAUAGUAGCUAAAUCAGUUACCAAAAAUGUUGUGAGUGAAGAAAGUGACAAGAGGAUUGAUAUGGACGACAAAAGUGACGAUUAUCCGAUCAGCUCCAACAUCACUAAGGAAGAGGAAACAGAUACCUAUGGAUCUCAGACUGAAGGACAUUACAGUAAUUCUCAAAGUUCUCUAUAUGAUGCCACACCACCGAGCCCCGAACAAGAAACAGACACUAAAAUUGCAGAAGAAGCUUCUGAGCACAUUAGUCAGAGUGCAAGGGAUGGCAAAACGUUGGGAAGUGGAGAAAAUCUUGGAGAUUUCCUUUUGAACAAUCCAUCAUUUCUGAGUCUUGCAGAGGAGCUUUUUGAUCUUAACGUGAAUAGCUCUACAAUCUUACUAACAUCUUCUAGUCACAGUUUUGGAGAAUCCGAUAGAAGACUAUUUAUAGAUUGUGCAGGUGAACUCAUCAAGUGCAGAAGUGUUCAAGAUUCAAAAACAGUUGAUCUUUUGCUACUAACAUGUCAAGGCAAGUCAAGAAUUUGCAUAUCUCUAGACAAGUUGGUGCAGGAAGUUUGUAACGGGAUCGAGAAUCUGAUAAAUUACAGCAAGCUUGCUGGUGAGAACCUUCUUGCAGACAGUCUGCAUGCAAUGUUGGAGAGAGAUAUAAUGUGCAGAGGAGUGGUAAAUGGGACAUGGGAUUUGGGUUGGAGAAGUGGAUUUUCAAGGGAUGAAGCUGAGCAAGUAGUGGAUGACAUAGAGGAACUGGUUUUAGAUGGAUUGAUUGAGGAGGUAUUUGCAUAAUUUGUGCUAGCUCUCCAGCAAUAUCAUGAUCCCUCUACCUAUUUUCUUUGUUAUACAGGUUUGCAAGCUAACUUUUGCACCCAGUUAUUUUUCUGUAAAUAUAUGGGUGCUUAGGUUAAUAGAAAGGGAGACAUAUGCUGUAUGGCAAGUUCAAAUGUUUCUGGAUGCAAUAUUUCUUCCAAAUUCAAAACAA